GACGCGCUAUAAAAACGUGACUCGGUAUUUUAGUGUCAGUGGGGAUCCUUUGCAACCUUCGAGCCCCCAUAGCAGCAGCCGCACGGAUUCAGCCAUGGAAAAUAUUCCGCAAAGGACAUCGUUGCUUUGCACUUUAGGAAAGGGAAACAUGAUUUCUGAUCUUUUGAAGACAUUUUUUCAUCGGUUUGUGGACUGCUGAGAGUAUCUGUGGAUAUCUGUCUGACAAGGAAAACUAUCUUUUGGAUGUUCAGCUGAACUGAGAAGGAUAUAACAGCUAUGUAGUGCCUCCCUUAACUAUGGACCUCAUGACCCUUAGAGUUCAGUGAUGUUAGCUUUGAGCCACUACAACUCCUCCACCUCCCCGCUGCUCCCUCGUUUCUCAAAUGACAGUGGAGGAAAGGUGGAGGCCAGGGUGACUGUUGAGGAGCUGUCACAGCAGGAAAACUUCACCUUGGUGCAGCCCACCACCAGCGGUGUCAUAGUCGUCGUAUUGUCCAUGACGCUGGGCAUCAUCUCCAACAUUGUGGCUCUCUUUAUCCUGGCUAAUGCCUACUCCCUCCAACGCCGGCGCUCCAAAGCCACAUUCCUUCUCUUUGCCACUUCACUCGUGGUCACAGAUUUCAUCGGCCACGUGAUCCCUGGUGCCCUGGUUCUCCGACUCUACCUCCAUGGAGGUGUGCGCCCAGAGGACUACAACUCUUCUGAUGGCAUGUGCCAGUUCCUGGGUGGCAGCAUGGUGUUCUUCGGCCUGUGCCCGCUCUUCAUGGGCUGCGCCAUGGCUGCCGAGCGCUGCCUGGGUGUCACUAAGCCUCUGCUGCACUCAUCCCUGGUCACCAAAACCCGCACAAAGAUCUGCCUGUCUGUCAUCUGGCUGGCAGCUCUGGGUGUGGCCCUGCUACCCUGCUUUCAGCUGGGCUCUUAUGCCUACCAGGACCCAGGGACGUGGUGUUUCAUUAAAGUGCUCAGUGACACUGAGGGGGUGGAUGUGGUGUUUGUGAUGCUGUUCUCUGGACUUGGUCUGACCUCGCUAGCUGUGGCUCUGGUGUGUAACACCAUCAGUGGACUGACGCUGGUGCUCGCCCGGCUCAGGAGGCAGCCCGGCUCCCAUCACUCCGCCAAGUCCCACGACAUUGAGAUGGUGGUGCAGCUGGUCGGCAUCAUGGUCACCUCAUGUAUCUGCUGGAGCCCUCUGCUGAUCUUUGGCCUGAUGUCCGUGAUCCACUCCUACACAGGAUCCAUCGGGGAUGACCUGUCCAACUAUAAAACCCUGAUGGUAAUGGCCGUGAGGCUGGCCACGUGGAACCAGAUUCUCGACCCCUGGGUCUACAUCCUGCUGCGCCGCACUGUCCUCCGCAAAAUCUACCUCAUCGCUAAGUGCCAGGUGGGCCUGAGGGGUAACAUAGUGGGCCGCUGGGAGCCCUCCUCUUUUCAAAGCUCAGAGAAGAAGGAAGUCGACCAAGUGUGAGCUGAGAAGAGGACUUAUAUUAACACUUUAUGUACUUUGUCACCAGGUUAAUGAACACAUGAAGAACUGGGCAUGCAGAGACAUUUAGAUGGAGAUGCCCAGAUAGCAGCAGGUGGAAAGAACAAACUUUUGUGGCUGUGAUGGUGGAGCAGACCAGUUUAGUUAAGUUUGACAUUUCUCGGCUGGUCCACUUAAGAAAUGGACUCAGUCAAAAAUGUUUCCUUCAUACUAGUUCAUUGUCUGUCCUUACAAAUGGAAGCUAGCUAAUGCUGUGAUUUUGCACAAAAUAUCAUAAACUCCAUGUUGUUUACUUAUAAUAAGUGGACAUUCCUUAUUAUUGUUAUACUCUUGUUUGGAAACUCAUAACAACAAACAGCGAAAGAUGCAGGAUAUGAAUGCAGUAUUAACCACACUGCAGAGGGCUGCAGGAAUUGUAUUUACAGAAUAUUAUUUGAUUUAAUUUCUCAACCUCAUUUUCACCAGCUUUGAAAGUAAAAAAAAAACAAAAAAACAUGCACAAUGACUUGCUCUUAGAUAAAUGUGUAAGAAUUAAGCCGUAUCAGUGUAACCAUCAGAGGGAGCUCCAGAGUAAACCCAGAAGUACAGUAUUUAGAGUGCAUUUUGUAGUGUUAAGUAUCCUACUGAAUGUAUUUCAUAAAGGAAUGUCAAUAUUCAAAUACUGUUGAGUUUAUGAAUGUUUAAGUUUAAAUAUGCUUUCCAUGUGUUUAUACAGUGCUUCAUGUGAAAUAAUGUAAGAUUUUAUAAGUUAAUACUUGAACUGUACCCUCAAUUUACUGAGGAGAUGUAAAGAACUCUGAAUGUAAAUAAAACAAUGCAAUGUGAAGUGUA